UCCUCCGCAACUUUCAUCUGACAACAUGCGCGCAUCUUUGUGGUUGUGACAUCCUGAUGAAAAUGGAACAGUGCGAUGUCUGACUCACAGCACAGGGCAGUGCGGGGCGGUGGUUGUAUAACAGCGGCCAUGAAAUACUAGAAGUCCACUGGCAGAACUCAAUCAGGCCGCCGGCUUCUGGCUUCCUGAUAGACCGUCGAGCAGUGCGUCUUGAGAGUACACACGGAAGACCUCGACAUUCAUACUCACUCUACUACCGCCACGCUCUCCUUCACGAUGGUCUCCAUUUCUAAGCCGAAGACAUUGGUUUUGCUUGCGCCCGGAGCGCUACCUAGCUCAGAUGUUCUGAUACCUCUGAACAUCCUUCGCGUUCGCAAAGAGUCGACGUAUCUGACUUUCCAGGACUCGCAGCACGAUGCUAUCCGACACCACUUCAACGUAGAGCAAGCAGUGAUCAUUUCUGUGGCGUCAUUUCUAGCGCAGGCAGAUCGCGGAAGCUACGACCUAUUGUUUAUUCCGGGAACGGCGGAUGUCCUAGGACUGGACCUGGAGCCCUUAGCCAAUGUUAUACGAUCUAUCUAUGGUGGUGGUGUCGGAUUGGAUAUCAUAUCCACAGGGACUGCUCGCCUAUUACUUGCAGCUUCUGGGCUGUUGAAGGAGAGAGUCGUAUCUGCUGCAUCACUCGACCUCAAUGAGCAAUACAUGACAACGGCGAGGGCUUGGGAUGCCGAUGCCGAUGUCAUUCGCGACGUCCAAUUCUGGACAGCAACGGACACCCCGGGGUCUUUGAAGACACUCGCAAUUUUGUACAAGGCAGCUCGUCACGGCGGAAUAAGCAGCAUCUUCCCAAGUUCUGUCGCGCGCAAACACUUAGGGUACUCGCCUCGUCGCCUCGUCGAUACGCCGACAGACACGUCUACCCCUGCCGCUCUGGCAUCCGGCGAAGACCUUGCUGCAGAAUUAGCAGAUCUUUCGUCCUCGGAUGUGGAUCAGGCCUCAAAUCUCAUCUUCCAUUUCGCCAUACGUCUGGGUCUCGAGGGCUUUACGGACGCGUGCAAUUCUGUCUUGCUCACACUACUCAAAGCCCUUCCCAAUGCCCUCGAGAGCCUGGGCGAGCCGUGCAUGCGGUCGAUCGAGUACAUGUGGGAAAGCUCUGGCCAGAGGCCCUCAGUACCGUGGAAUGUGCCUUCCUUGGAGGACCUUGACCGCUGGGAACUCGAGGUCCGAUCCAGCUACCAGUUACCUGCGGAUGAAGACCGUGAAGACAUCCUUGAGUCUAUCAAGCUCCGCAUAACCAUCGAUGGGGACUGGUACCUCACACCGUACACUCUGGCAGGCGCGAUCACAAUGGCGCUCGAUGCUGGCUGGGACGACCAAGCUCGUGAAUGGAUGUUGAAAUUGGUACAAACCGCUUCGAAAAGCGACAUGCGUGACGUCUGGACGUUCGAUAUCGCGCGCUGGCGGCCGUUGAUCCGACUGUCCAGGACAGGGAUCGUCGCUCAGGUAACUGGGCGCACAUUCGAGCAAGCGAACCACGACGCUGAGGUCGUGAGGCAGGCACUGCAGUCCUUGCGUACCUCCUCCGUUGUUGCCCUGGACGAGCAGCGCGUCUCUUCACAGAGCAUCGCUGACCUACCGUGGAGCACUUUAGUCCCCAUGCUCGACGUCCUCAAGUGGGAACAGCACGACACGUUGAUUAAGCCUCCUGCUUCGCCGUCGGCCAUCAAACAAGCGGAGGAGAGGCUCGGUGUCGCGCUCCCCGAGGACUAUAAACAAUUCUUGCUCGUCUCCAACGGCAUCGAAUUCAUGCCUUCCAUCGACGCACCAGGGUUCCAGUCCGUGCAAGAGCUCGAAUGGGAUAACGCGGCGGAGCUUGGCUUGGACGAGUUUCGUGUCGACCUCGGGUGCAAGACGGACCCCGCUGAGUAUGACCGUCUGCCGAAGAUGGGCCGCGUGCUCGUGGUCUCGGAUCCGGAAUGCGAGGAGCAAGUGUGGUUUGUAGACCCGGAGACCGUUGCAGAGGCGAUUCGUGUCCUGCGAGCUGAAGGACGGAGCGACGGAGUCGUCGGGCAGCCUGGGUGGCGAGCGGUUUUCUGGGCUAGUCAUAUGCCGGACUUAAGAUGGCUGAAAAGCUUCCGGGGGUAUAUGGAGGGUCUUGCGCAGAAGGCUGACAAGGCAGGUGGAAGAUGAAGAUCGCGGUCUAGAUCUGCUGUGUCAGUUUGAGCCAGUCAGGUCAGGAACAUGUAUUUGAAGUAUCAAUGCUAUCUCUCAAUGCCAUGGUAUUGAACGGUGA